UGAACCACACCAGGAUCCAGGAUCCAGGAUCUGAGCCUCCAAUAUUGUGGACUAGCAUGUCCAGGAUGAUGUUACCCAACUCGGGCAGCUGGACGCUGUGCGGCGCUGUCCUCCUGUUUGUCCUGCCGCUGAUCCCCACGCCGGAGGCACUGCAGCACACGGAGGAGGGCCUGGAGAUGCUCUUCCGUGAGCGCUCCCAAUCGGACUGGGAGAACGUGUGGCACCAGGAGACGCACUCCCGCUGCCGGGACAAGCUCGUCCGUCAGCUUUAUUGGGCCUGCGAGAAGGACAUUUACCGCCUGACACGGCGCAACAAAAAAAGGACAGGCAAUGAUGAGGCCUGGAUCAAAAAGAGCUCCAUUGACCCUGAUGGCUCCACCUGGCUGCAUGUGAACUAUGCCAACAUGUUCCUGAGGAGUCGGCGCGCGGACGGUCAUGCCCCAUCGAUCUCAAAUGAAUGCUGCACCAAGGCGGGCUGCACUUGGGAGGAAUACGCCGAGUACUGUCCUUCUAACAAACGACGCAAUCACUAUUGAUUCGCCAGCAAAGU